GUCUCAAAAUUUAAGCCGUAUUGGAGGGUCUUGUAUUAAAGAAAUCGUACGGAGAAUAAUGUAUCGUGUGUUUACCAAUGAAGUUGGUAUGUCUUAUUCUUGGGAAGGAGCUAAGAAAAAGAAAGUUUUCAAAAAUUUAGCUGUUGCAUCUGUUAUUCUCUCUGCUGUACGCCUUAAUAAAAACGCUCAAGAAUGUACAGAUUCAGAAAUAAUAUGUUUUAUAAAAGCGUGGCUUGUAAGGAGUAAAGAUCGCUUUAACAAUAAUAACAAAGGCAAAAAUAUAGCUCCUCAAAGAGUUGAAAUUGAAGAAUCAACUCAUUAACAAUAUAAAAAAUCCAGAUGCAUAAUGUUCAAGGUUCAAAAUAUGUUAAGCUUUAGCUUUAAUCUAUGUUCGAGAUUAUACAUCGAAAUUGUAAUCUUUGGAGUCUUGUGAGAGCAAAUUUCUAGCAAGAUCCGUGGAGAUAAUCUAAUAGCCAGUAUAAGAAAAAGAGCAUUAUUAUAUUAUAAUUCAAAAUGGAGGAUGCUGCAAAACCAAGUCGUAAAAGAAAAAUUAGUCGGAAGGCGGUGACAAAAGCAGCGACGCGUUUGCGUGUUAUAAACUUGCAGAAGCGUAUUGGAAACAUCUUAAAUCUCUCACCUCUUUCAAGUAGCACUGAUAGCAUCGAAGGCGAACAUAAUGAAGAAUCCGAUUGUGAUAGGAAUAAUAUCGAGAAGUCCAGCAUUGCUAAAAUGCAAAAGAGCAGUGACAGUGAUAUAAGAUCUAAUGAAGAUUCAGACGAUGGUAGUCGUGAUAGCAAUAAUCCAGAGUAUGAAUCAGAUUCUUCAGAAUCCAGUGAUGCCUGCGAAAUAGUUGAAGUCGAAAAUCUAAGAGCUUUACGCGAUGAUAAUGAAAAUAGAAAUGCGUAUAUUCUACGCGAAUUGAAGAAAUGGGCCAUGAAAGAGGUUUCCUGCAAAAAAAUUGAUACACUUCUCAAAAUACUGCAGAUAAUGUUUCCUAUUCUACCAAAAACCUCUUGAACUUUAUUAAAAACUCCUAGAAUUACAAAUCUUGUGAAUAUGGGAAACGACAAAUUCUGGUAUAAAGGAAUUUACCACAGUGUUUUAUCGCGGCUGUCAGAAAAGUAUCUAUCUACAAGAGAAUGUAUACGAUUUGACGUUAACAUUGACGGUCUAGAAUUAUAUUUUAGUUCACGUAAGACAUUCUGGCCAAUAUUGGGAUGCCUUGUAGAUGAGAAGGAACCGUUCAUAAUAGCAGUUUAUUAUGGAGAGGGUAAACCUCCACUAGAACCCUUCUUGCGACAAUUUGUGGACGAACUUUCCACUUUAAUGAUAAAUGGAAUUAUAUUUAAUGACACUACGUAUCGUGUUGAAAUACGGAAUUUUAUUCUAGAUGCUCCCGCAAGGGCGUUUAUAAAAUGUAUUAGAGGACAUACAUCAAGAAAAGCUUGUGAAAAAUGCCACGUUACUGGUGUACGUUAUAAAAAUAGAGAAAUUUUUCUAGAUUGUGAUGCAUUUCUUCGCAAUGAUGAAGAGUUCAGAUUAAAGACAGAUGCUGCCCAUCAUAUUCCCGGGAUCACAUCUCCAUUAGAAGAAAUUGGAAUCGGUAUGGUGUCUCAGUUUAGAUUGGAUGAAAUGCACCUUCUGUAUAGCGGAGUUUUCCAGCGGUGGUUGGAAUUUGUUUUGGGAAAACAAGGACUAAAUCGAGGACAAAUUUCAGUGCACGACAGGGCUGCUAUUUCCGCAGCAAUUGACGAAAUUAAACCUUAUAUUCCGGUAGAAUUUUGCAGAAGACCUCGUAACUUAUCGUAUUUCGGAAGAUACAAGGCAUCGGAAUUUAGAAGAAUUCUUCUUUACGACGGAUUAAAGGUGUUCAGUUUGCUUGAUCAAAAUCUAUACAUAAACUAUUUAUUUCUGCAAUGCGGAGUGUACAUUCUUUCAAGCCCACUUUUAGUUGAAAAGGAUGGUAUGAUUCAAAUAGCAGACUUGCUUCUCCGUUCAUUUGUUCGUCAUGCUGUGGAUAUCUUCUGGAAAUGGAAUCUUCUGGAAAUCUGGAAAUGAAUUUGUUACUUAUUACAUUCAUGCACUUUGUCACUUAGCUAUGGAAUGCCGCACACAGCAUCUUGCGCUUAGUAAUUUCAGUGCUUUUAAGUACGAAAAUUAUUUGGGUAUCAUUAAGCGUUGCCUAAGAGCAACACACAUGCCUCUUCAGCAACUUUAUAAUAGAGAUUUUGAAAGAGAAGGCCGACUUAUGCAAAAAGAUAUAAUUGAUGAAGAGCGUAUUGAACUAAGUAAAAAACAUAACGGAGAAGACGAUGAAGUAGAGACUUAUUCCAAGUUAACUGCGCACGGAAUGACACUUUCUACGUCAGAAGCUGAUUGUUGCUUUAAAUAAAAAAGUGGCGAAAUAGUCGUUCUUACAAAAAUUACUUGUUCCUAUCGUGGCACACGAAUUUCUUUACAUGGACAUAAAUUUAAAAACAUUUGUGAUUUCUUUACAUUUCCUAUUCAAUCUACGGACAUAGGUAUUUGUAAGGUAUCACAACUUGAGGAAGCUGAAAAAGUGUGGCCUUUUACUCAGGUUCUUCAGAAAUGCAUUCUGAUUCCUGCCAAUAAUAAUUAUUUAUGUAUUCCGCUCGUUCAUGCUGGACAAGAAUAAAAUAAUGUUUUCAGUUGUUGUUUGGCCGGAUGAUGGUAUAUGCGUGGUGCCAACUAAAUGGAUGAAUAAAUCUAAAGAAAAAGUUAUGUAUCCCACUAAAAUCAAAUGCUCUACGAAACUGGUUAAGUCUCUAGUAGAAGCGCAAGAAGAUUGGGAAGAAGUUAAUGUUGAGUUCUUGCACAGUUACAAAACUUUUAACCUGGCUCGUAAAGCCGCUAUAAUAGCUGCCGAAGAUCAACCUAUAGACUCCAAUAUAGAAACUGAUUAUGAAAAACCGCGAAAGCGUCAACUUCCAGCCAGAUUUAUUCAGAGUUCUGAUGAUGAAAACUCAGAAAAAGAAAAUAAGUGUAUGAAACGUAAGCGGACUAUUGCAGCAAAAUUCCGUCGAGAGAUGCAAUAUACAGAUAAUGAGGAGAGUGAAGAUGUUUCUCAAGUAAAUAAUGUACCAGCCCCUGCAACAAAUAUCAGGGACCAACUUGCUGCAUUGAAAGCUCAGAUUUCGCAUUCCAAAAGUUUGGAGUUCAACGAAUCUUAUUUGAAAAAAAAAUCGUGAAAAAACUCAUAAAAACAAAUAAAAAUGAUAAAAUGUCUCCCAAAAAAUCAACACCAAAAAAAAUUGUCAACUAUAAGGAGAGUCCUCGAGAUAUAGAAAACAUAAAUAUUGCUGAUCUUCCGUGUACAUUUGAAUUUGCAGAUCAACCUUCUUGCAGCACGUUUACAGUUCCGUUGGAUAGUGACAGUAUCACUUCUGAUUCACUUCUCUCAACAUCUACACUGCACCAAGUAAAAGAUCAAAAAAAGCAGGAUGAAAUUUUCCAAAGUGACGAAUGUAGUGAUAAUAUAGAGAAAUUUGAAGAACACAGUCAACAAAAAGAUGCUGCAAAGUCAUCUUUGGAAAGUUCUGGCGUCUUUUUCCGCAAGAAGGGAAAAAGAAAUGAUAACAUUGUCAAUCAUAAUAUCACAUCGGAUAUUAUUGACCAUUUUAUCGACAAUGUUCAAGUUCAAGAAGAAAUACGCGUCAAGCUCGACCAUAUGGAAGUUAAAUUAGAUCGUAUCUUAAGGAAGCUCUUUCCAGAAGAAGUAAAAUUGAAGCGACCACACGGAAUUCCUGCAUUUCCUUUACGUACUGAAAAAGAAUGGAAUACUCUGGAAGAUAUUCUUGCAGAUGACAAUAUAUUUACAUAUGUAGUAGAUGUCUUCGCGGCAAAAAUUAAAAACCAAGAAUCAGAAGUUGCUGCUGUACAGUCUGUACUCCCUAAAAUAAUUACAAAUUCCCUUGCCAGAUGUAUUAGCUGGGGAGGCACUCAGAAGACUAAAAUUGCUUUUAAUAGCAGCAAAACAUAUGAGGCUAUUCAAGCCACUAUUUUGCAGAAGUUUGGUAAUAAAGCUGACCUAGAUAAACCCGAAAAUUACGUGAAGUGCUGGUUUAGUACAAGUGCUCAGCGAGUGGUGUAAAUGCGUUUCAUAAAAAUAGAUAUUACUAAAAUGUGAUAUAUAUUAUUAGUACUUGUUUUAUGCAGCAAUUUAUAUAAUGUGCAAUUUAACUAUAUAUAAGAUAGGUAUAUAAGCAGGCAUAAUCUACGAUAUAUUUUGAUUGGUUAUUUAAUAUUUACCCACAGUGUAUACAUGUAUAUCCAAAAGAUGCUUAGAGGACAUUCCGAAGAUAUCUUUUAGAGAUCUUCGAAAUGUCUUUUGAACGUCUUUUGAAUAUGUAUGCUGUAUGGAUAAAUAAUAUUAUAGUUUUAGUUUCUUUAAUUUUUAAAAAAUUGCGAGUAUAUUAUUUUUUUAACA